CAUUUUUUAGACCUCCUUAGCUACGUGUUUUGCUCAAGAGACAUUUGGGAAACAGUACAAGCAGACUAUAGGACUGGAUUUCUUUUUGAGAAGGAUUACCUUACCAGGAAAUUUGAAUGUUACUCUUCAAGUUUGGGAUAUAGGAGGGCAGACAAUAGGUGGCAAGAUGUUGGAUAAAUACAUCUAUGGAGCACAGGGAAUCCUCUUGGUGUAUGAUAUUACAAACUACCAAAGUUUUGAGAAUUUGGAAGAUUGGUAUUCUGUGGUGAAGACAGUAAGUGAAGAGUCAGAAACUGAGCCCCUGGUUGCUUUAGUGGGCAAUAAAAUUGACUUGGAGCAUAUGCGAACAGUAAAACCUGAUAAACACCUAAAAUUUUGCCUGGAAAAUGGUUUUAGUAGCCACUUUGUUUCAGCCAAGACGGGAGACUCUGUCUUCCUGUGUUUUCAGAAAGUUGCAGCAGAAAUCCUGGGAAUCAAAUUAAACAAAACAGAAAUAGAACAGUCACAGAGAGUGGUGAAGGCAGAUAUUGUAAACUACAACCAGGAGCCCAUGUCAAGAACUGUUAACCCACCUCGGAGCUCCAUGUGUGCAGUUCAGUGAGCACACACUGUACUGAUAGUUCUGGCUGCUCUUCCCCUGGAUUGGGCCCAAGCUGCCGAGGACCAUGUUUUAUCAGUGACUGUCUCUGUAGUCAGCUCACACUUCCUCCUGCUCUGCUCCUUCAUCCUUUAGUUGCCUCAGAGUAUCGGGCAGCUCCCUGGACUGGAAGGAAUUCAGAUUUGGGACCACACGUUUUGAAAUCGGAAUGGAGAGUCCAUUCUUUGGAUUGAGACUGCCUCCUCGCUCCAGAAGAACCAUGUUGCUUCUUUAUCUCUUUACUUCCUCCUUUCCCAGAUAUAAAAAAAUUUAACCAGAUAUGAAGAUGCUCCAAGCUUUGAUCAUCAUUUUCUAUCUGAACUUGUGUAUGUGAAAGUGUACUUCAGAGCACUGAUGGUGAAAGCUACUCAAGAGGGUGUUCCUUUGCUGGCUAUUAAGAGUAAAAUAUACAAAGCUGUAUCUAAUUGAAAGUGCUUCAAAUGAGGCUAUAAUAGAAAUAUUUUUUCAUUUUUAAAAGGAGCCUAAUGUGUUUAUAUUGUAGUUUAUAACUCACAAGUAGUGAGUAUUUGAUAUUGUAUUUUUACUACUGUAUCAUGGUCAUUGCAUAUUUUAUCAUAUUUGGCUUAGAUGGCUUUAUGAAUUUUGAUAAAUGGUUCAGCUGAUCCUCCACAUGGAAUUUCUCCUACAGACUGUAUGAGAGUGCUUCCAGAUGAGUCAUGAUAUCCUUGGAUCACUGUGGAUCGAUCACACUGUACCUGGUGUUCAGAUGUUUUUCUCACAUAAAUAAAUUUAUUUAAAUUAC